GAGACAAGAGAGAUCGAGAUGGAUGCCAGUAUCGAGCGACUGCUGCUAGUGCGUGGCGGUAAGCCAGGUAGGAAUGCGGACCUCAUUGAGAGCGACUUGAAAGCCCUGUGCCGGAAGGUGCGCGAGGUGCUUCUGUCACAGCCCAUGCUGCUGGAACUGGAAGCCCCCAUACAGAUCCUCGGUGACACCCAUGGUCAGUUCUACGACACUCUUCGGCUGUUCGAGUACGGGGGCUUCCCUCCCGAGAGCAACUAUCUCUUCCUCGGUGACUACGUAGACCGGGGACGACAUUCACUGGAGAACGUCUGCCUCCUUUUCUGCUACAAGGUCAAGUACCCGGAGAACUUUUUCCUGCUGCGCGGAAACCAUGAGAGCGCCUCCAUCAACCGUGUCUACGGUUUUUACGAUGAAUGCAAGAGGAGGUUCAACAUCAAGAUUUUUAAGACCUUCGAAGACGUCUUCAACUGCUUACCAGUGGCUGCCCUUGUAUCUGACAAGAUUUUCUGCAUGCAUGGAGGCUUAAGUCCCGACCUGCAGUCAUUUGACCAGGUGAAGCGGAUAACUCGCCCGACAGAGGUGCCCGAUGAUGGUCUGCUGUGUGACCUGCUCUGGUCCGACCCCAGCUGGGACAUCCAGGGUUGGGGAGAGAGCGACCGUGGAGUCUCUUACACUUUCGGCGCUGACGUUGUCGCAAAGUGUCUGAAGAAGUUCGACCUCGAUCUCAUCGCCAGGGCACACCAGGUUGUGCAAGAUGGCUACGAGUUCUUUGCCAAGCGCCAACUGGUGACAAUUUUUUCGGCGCCCAACUACUGUGGCGUGUUCGACAACGCUGCUGGCAUUAUGAGCGUUGACGAGAACCUCAUGUGCUCCUUCCAGAUUCUCAAGCCAGCCGACCAAUAG